AUGACUUCAGCAGCAGAAUGGAAAGAGAAAGAAAGUCAGUACUACAUUCACACUUUCAACCGUCAGCCGAUGGUCAUAGAGCGCGGUGAAGGUGUGCGCGUAUGGGAUACGGAAGGCAAGGAAUAUCUUGACUUCACGGCCGGCUUGGCAGUGAACAACUUGGGUCAUUGCCAUCCUGCCGUCACAGAGGCGAUUCAGCAGCAAGCGGCCACGCUGAUGCAGACCUCCAACCUGUUCUACACUAUUCCUCAACUUGAACUUGCCGAAGCCCUCGUCGAGAACAGUUGCAUGGACAAGGUGUUCUUCUCCAACAGUGGCGUGGAGGCAAACGAGGGCGCGGUCAAGCUGGCGCGCAAGUAUGGGCGGCUGCACCGCAAUGGCGCGCAGGACAUCAUCACCGUGCUCAACUCGUUCCAUGGCCGCACGCUCGGUAUGAUCGCGGCGACGGGUCAGCCCGCGUAUCAGCAGGCAUGGCUGCCGCUCGCGGAAGGCUAUACGAAUGUGCCUUACGAGGACCUGGACGCGAUACGCGAGGCGACCACGGAUCAGACAUGCGCCAUUAUGGUCGAAGUUCUGCAGGGCGAGGGUGGCGUCAAUGUGCCGACCGAGGGCUACUUGAAGGGGCUGCGUGAGUGGUGCGACGAGAACAAUAUCCUGCUGAUAUUCGACGAAGUGCAGACCGGCAUGGGGCGGCUCGGCAGCCUCUGGGGAUACGAGCGCUUCGAUGUUGAGCCGGACGUGAUGACAUCCGCCAAGGGACUUGGCAAUGGCGUGCCCAUCGGCGCGUUCAUGUGCAAGGAUAGCUGCGAUGUGCUGGAGCCGGGUGACCACGGCAGCACUUUUGGCGGCAACGUUCUCACUACCGCGGCGGGCAACGCCACAGUGCGCUACAUGGUGGAGAACGACAUCCCCGGUCAUGCGCGGAAGAUGGGCGAAUACCUCGAAUCGAAACUUGAAGAGAUGCGGGCGGCGCGCCCGGAUGUGGUCAAGGGCCCGGACGAGGAGAGCCUCGAUGCCGUGAAGGAGCGCAUGCUCGGCAGCGGCGCGGAGAGCGCGCAGAUAGUGCAGGGACAGGACGCUCUCGCGGAGGCCGGUCUGAAGGUCGUACAAUCGCAGGCGCGGUACGAAGGCGGUUACUGGAAUACGACGGGCAUCGCUCGUCCCAUCACUGUCAGCGCGAUGCUUCCUGAGAUUGAGGCGCAGGAUAUCGGUGUGCUGUUUCACGGCGCGACAGGACGCGGCAACGACCAGGUUCGAUUUCAACUAGCCGCGAACACGCUCCAACCCUCGCUGCAUGUUUAUGCGCCGUGGCGCGACCCCGAGUUCGUGCAGCAAUUUCCCCGGCAGGCGGCAGAUGCUUGA